AUGUUCGAACCAUUGGCGACUGGCAACGCUGUUCUCAAGGUAUACAGAUGGUUCAUAAUAUUUAUAGCGACGGCGAAUUACCUCACUCUGCCAGUUGGAGCCAUCGACUGUUUCAAGUGUGUAUCGAUGAACGGUGCGAAUGUCGAGUGCGAUGACCCAUUUCACAACAAUUACACGACGGGAAUCCUGGAGAGUCCCUGCAUGGGAGGACGAAAGGGCAGGGACGGACUAUUUCCCGCCACGUCCUGCAUAAAGAUCGCUGGCGUUUAUGAUGAUACUGGCGAAAGGAUGACAGUCAGAGGUUGCGCUCUGGACAGUGGAACCUUAACAACGGACACGGAAAUAAUCAGGAUGUCACAUUGCGGAAGAUUUUACUACGAUGACAGGUAUGUCCACGGCUGCCUGCAGAGUUGCAACGACGCCGACGCGUGCAACGCGGCUCCCUCAAGACAGAUGACGACAAUGGAAGCACUGAUAUCAAUGGCCUUCUUCCUAAGGGCUGCUUUCAGCUAACGCAGCAGAAACGACAAGAAACCAAUAUAAAUUUGAUAA